UUAAAAAAAUUAUAAAAAAUCAUUAAUUGGUUAUCUUAACAUUGGAGAGUCUUUACAACUCCUAUUGGUUAGCAUUCAAUUCUGAGAUUGCUGUAUCUGAGUCCAAAAAAAUUGUGUUGAGUCACUCAGGUUCCAGUUUUUUCUUUCUCUCCACCGAGAUCAAUGGAAAAGAAAGUUGAUAAUAAGUUCACUUGGGUGAUAAAGGAUUUCUCUUCUUUGCAAUCUGAGAAAAUAUUUUCAGAUAAAUUUGUCGUCAGUGGCUGCAAAUGGUAUAUUAGUGCAUAUCCCAAAGGAUACAAGGUUGAUAACUUUCUGUCAUUGUAUCUGGAAGUCCCCGAUUAUGGAUCAUUACCAUCUGGCUGGAGAAGACACGCACGAUAUCGCCUCAUUGUUGUAAAUCAGCGUUCUGAGAAACUCUCCCGGCAACUUGAAGUACAACACUGGUUUGAAGUGAAGUCUAACAGCUGGGGCUUUCCAUCCAUGCUUUCCCUCCAUGAAAUUAAUUCCAAAGAUGGCGGGUUUCUUGUAAAUGGGGAGCUCAAGAUUGCUAUCGAGAUAGAUCUUCUUGAAAUUAUUGGCAAAGUAGAGGUUUGUGGGUUUCAUCUUCUUUCUUCACAGGUUGACUACGUGAGUCGUAUGUUUGAAAAACACCCAGAGACUGCUUCUGAAGUCCAUCUAAAGAACCCUAACAUUAGGACAGGUUACAUGAAUUUGCUACUUAGCCUGAUUGAUACUUUGCAUCAGUCUCCUCACGAGCUCCCCAAGGAUGAUCUGGACGAGGCGCAUUAUGCAUUGGAAUCCUUGACUGAUGCUGGAUUUAAGUUGGACUGGUUGGAGAAGAAAAUUUCACAAGUAUCAGAAAUGAAGGAGAAAGCGAAAGAUGGUGAGAUUCGUAGGCAAGAGAUUGAGACAGAGUUGAAAGAUUUGAAGCAGAAGUGCUCAGACGUGGAGGCCCAACUGGAGAAGGAGAAGUCAAAGGCGCUGGCUACAAAAACUCGUAUCUCAUUCGAUAAUAUUAUUGAAUGAUCUGGAGUCAUUAGACACUUGAAGUUUGUUCUUAUUUGAUUUUAGGCGAAGCU